AUGUCAUUCCGGCCGAUGUUGCAACAGCGGGCUGUGGCUCCCAUCGCAGCCUCUCUCCUCGCGGGAGGCAUCGCCUUGUAUCCCAAGAAGACGGCGUUCGCAGAAGAGCCCCGUGAUCAUCGCAAACCUAUCUACGAUGACAUCCCCUCCGACAUCCCCGAAGCUGUUAAACCCACCCAGCCUGCCGCACCUGCCGCGCCUGUCGUUUCCAAGUUGACCUCUGCACCCGCUGCGCAACAAGCUUCCUCUUCGCCUACCCCGACAGAUAUCCUGACCGCUCAGGUCCGACAAGCUCGCCUCUUCCUCUACUCACACUCCCUUGCCGCCGAGCAGGGCUUCAACAACUUCCUGUCCAGGGCCCUCAACAUCGAAAACUGCUUCACCAACACCGUUGCCUCGCUCGCACCUUCGCCCGAGUCCGGCGAGCGUCUCCUGCCUGGCGGUGUCUACGUCGUCGUGGCCGCCAUGGCCGGCUCCAUUGUCUCGCGUAACCGUGGCAUCUUCCUCCGCACUACAUCGCCCCUCGCCUUCGGCACUGCUGCUGCCUACAGUCUUCUUCCCGUGACGAUGCGCAAUGUUGGAGAGCUUGUUUGGGAGUACGAGCAGAAGGUUCCUGCCGUUGCUGAGCAGCACUUGGCCAUCCGUGAGCGUGCGGAGCACAUCUACUACACCGGUGUUGCGCACAGCGGAAUGGCGCGCCAGAUGAUGGAGGAGAAGAUUGGUGAUGCUCGGAAGAAGCUUGAGGAGUUGAUUAGCAAGGGUCAUUAA